AUGUAUACGUAUUCGCCAGUAUCUGAGUGUGCAGAGAACAUCUCAGUGCGCACCGGAGAUCAUGACAUUGCAUCACCGGAGAAUUGCAAUCAGCACGAGUGCCCGCCGUCCUAUCAGCGCUACGGUAUUCAGAAGAUUAUCGUACAUGAUCGUUACGGUGCUAAUCGGGAUCUCCGCAUUAAUGAGCAUAACGACAUAGCAUUGAUUCGAAUGGAUAAGGCGGUGGAAUUUAAUGAUUACAUGCAGCCUGUUUGCCUGCCCAUUGUUCGCCUUCAACAAGAGCUAAGCGAGGGUGCACUACUCACGGUGGCCGGUUGGGGUCACACGGGUUUAUCUCAACAUAGUAGAGUGAAGAAAAAAGUCCGGGUGCCACUUUAUUCCAUGGAAAAGUGUCGCCAUAUUUUCGAUAGUUACUUUUAUGUUGCUGAUGAGCAACUCUGCGCUGGUGGUGUUUUCCACCGAGACGCAUGCAGUGGAGAUUCUGGCGGCCCUCUUAUGCGCCUCAAUUCGACUUCUUGGGUAAUUGAGGGCAUCGUGGCAUCUGGACGCGGCUGUGGACUAGAGAACAUACCGGGGGUCUAUACUCGCAUUCGAAGCUAUAUCGAUUGGAUUGCAGAGCAUAUGGAACCGUGGUAGUACCAUGACAGUAUUUGCCUACAUAAAAUUUACCUAGUUGAACAUACUUGUCAUCUAGGUGGAAAUGAAUUCGAGAGGAAAGCAGGGAACUUAAAAGCAUUAAGACGAAGAGUAUUGCUUAACCAACAAAAAAUGUACAAUUAGUAAUUAAAUUAAAGAAAGAUG